AUGAAGGCUCUGCUCAUCGCCCUGCUGUUUGGCGUGGCCUGGGCUGGCCCCGAGGUGCAGCCAUCCGAGGUCGAUGGGCCAUGGCACACCCUGGUCAUCCUAUCAGACACCCCAGUGAAGAUCCAGGAAGAUGGACCCCUGAGAGGCCUUUUCCGGCACAUCAAGGCCAGUCAAGAUGGGAAAUCCAUCACCAUCACCUUUUAUGUCAAGCAAAAUGGACAGUGUCAUAAAUACACUGUUGUGGGUGUGCAGAACGAGAAAGGCGUGUUCAUGACAGAUUACUCUGGGGAGAACUAUUUCCAGAUGGUGGAGCAAGACAAAGACAUUGUGGUCUUCUACAACCAGAAUGUGGAUGAAGAAGGACGGACUACACGCAUGAUCCUAGUGGCUGGAAAGGAACAGAGUCUGACUGAGGAGCAGCAACAGAGGCUGGAGAAGCUCGCCCAAGAGAAGGGCAUCCCGACUUCCACCAUCCAAAACGUCUUGGAAACAGGCAGAAAGCUUUGCCCUUCUGAUAAGGGCAAUAGGAGGAAUUGA